CGACAACGUGUGUAAGGAAAGGCCUGAACGGAUUUUCAACCAGCUUCUCUCGCGCGCGAGACUACCAUAUUAAUCUCGCCAUCUCUCCCUGGACAUUACACGAAACUUGUUCUGGGUUCAGCCUGUAUGACUUUCUCACCUACCCGACGGUGACGGCGGGAUCUGUGUCAUACAAUACUCGGUUAUCCAGAGACACCUCGUUGGCUCGUCCGCCUGGGCUUUUCCCUAACUGUCCUGAACAGCCGACUCUUAAUUCAGUCUCACGAAACACGAAUUUCGGAACUUGCCAUCCCAUCAGACUCGCUUCUGGGGAGCCACCUUGGGACACUACAUCUUGUUCGUCCUCGGGUUUUUGUUGGCGCCCUCCGAAACAAGCAUUUAGCUGGUGCCGGUUGACUCUUGAAAAGUCUUGGCUUAUGGGGGUGAAGUUCGAUUUUCGUUGAACAGCAGUAGCAUCUUCCAGGAGCCUGGAUAUCGAAUCAAAUGGAGCAGACUUUCAUGACCAUCCACAACCUGUCGCCCGACGCCAACAUCCUCUUCGCAUCUGAGUCGAUUGCGGAUAUCUUAGGGUACCAACCGCAAGAUGUGCAAGGAAAAUCAUGCUUCGAAUUCUUCCACCCCGAAGAAGUGCCAUUCGCGCGCUCCGUGCACAGUAGGGGCGUCCUCCUCGACAAGGCGGCAGUUUUACAUUAUGCCCGGAUCAUGUCGAGAGAUGGACGGUGGAUAAGUUGCGAAUGCUGCUUUACAAUAGUUCACGAUGUCUUGGUAGCUUGCACGAGCAUCUAUCGACAUGGUGAAAGGAGUAAGAGACGGGCGUUAGAAGCACCCCAUAUCCGGCGAAUAUUCUCGUCUUCGCCAAGAGACCCUCGGUAUCAUAUGCUUGAGCACCUAUCACCUAAAUUCAAAAUGCAGCCAAUGGAGAGGGAACCACGGGCAGCUCUUAUUCUUAACCGAUUUACGCGGACUCUGACUGUAAUGUUUGCUACUAAUGCUGUUUCUUCAAUACUUGGUGUGAGGCCCGACCAGGUCCAAGAUAAAAGUUUCUAUGAAUGCAUUGCGGAGAACUGUUUGGCAGAUGCUAUUAAAUGCUUAGAGAGCGCCAAAGCCAAUGAUUCGAUCGCGUAUCUUCGAUUCUGGUACCGGGACCCCCGAAGGGAGGAGGAUUUCGACGAUGAGGACGAAGAGGAAGACGAGAACGACGAAGAUGAGGAAACUGAGCAAGAGCAAGAUAGCAAAGUGGCCGACGGCGAUAUUAUAACCUCGGAUGCCCAUAUCUAUGCUGAGAAUGCGAUGGAUGUUGAUGUAGACGGAAUUUGCGACCAUAAGAUAAAGGCCGAGGCUACCGUUAGUCCGGAGCUAUCGAAAAGUAUUGUCAGCAACGGGGAUUCUCCGAACGGGCUCUUCACACCAUCGUCAUAUCCGGAGAAUAGGAUAUAUCAACCGUCGGAAGAUACUUGCCACCAAGAUACAAAUUCGACGAGACGAAGAAAUAGGCGACUCCGUCGCCAUCGGAAUCCUAUUCCCACGUUUGAGUUAGAAGCUGUCGUUUCUUGUACUUCGGACGGGCUAGUCGUAGUAUUGAGAAAAGCCCGACCGCCGAUUCCUUCUCUCCAUCCGCCUCUACUUCCAGUCGACUUUGAGAAUGGGCUUUUUGCUGCUCCAUGGAGCGAGCAACCUAUUCGGCCCUAUUACCCUCCGGAGCAUUUCUAUACCUUUCGACCGCCUCUCCUCCCACAAUAUAUGCCUUUACGGGAGCAUGUCAAGACUGCGGGAGGACCACCGAUUGAUCAGCUUAUGAAGUCAAUCCGCGAUGUAGCUGUUUUUGCUUGGGCAGUAGUAGGUAUCAAUGGCAAUCUUGCUGCAUAUGGUCGCGGUGUGCCAAGAGAGAGUUCACAACCCCAGGACGGACUACCCGCCUGGGAUCCAAAGGCACCGAAAUCCACAUAUCACAGUAUCGAGCCGCAACCACCACCUCAACAAUGGGCAGCAUCUUCAUCGGAGAGUCAUUCUGCCGAAGCAGCAGUGCCGGCUGAUCCACGUUACGUGUCUAAUUUUAAUGUCGAGACGCCACAGGGGUGUUAUGAUACUACUACGACAGAACUUGGUGGCGGGAGUUCCAGCUACCCAAACUCAUCUCCAUGGACGCGUUCGAGGCCGUCUGCGCCUACAUUUGAACCUUGGCGGCCAUACACCCAGUUACCACCAUCAUCUCAACCCUCGUUGUCUGGAUUUAACCAGCAUCUAACAGAACCAUGGGUAGAAGCAUCAGUUUCGUAUACCCAACAGAACACAAACAACUACGCGAUUCCUACAACACAGGCUCACGGAUUUAGAGACGGCCCUCGAACGUACAGAAACGUGUGGCAGUAGGAGUUUGGAGUUAGGGCUUUAUUUUCAUCAGGCUUGCAUCAUACCUUUGUACUAAUGUUAUGGUUAUAAUUAGCGAGGCCUGGAUUCUCUUUUUGGCCUAGGCGUUUCGAGGGAAUCAUGGAGAAGCAUCACUACCACGGCGCAUGUUUAUCUAGCGGGUUAUCGGAUUGUGCGUAACCCGGGUAAUGCA